AUGCCACCAUCUAAGAAGCCUGAUGACGGAGAGCUUAAGCGCAAGAAGUGUGAAUCUCUAGCUCAACAAAUGCUGUCCAUCAAUACUUUGCUGACACCUGAAUACGUACUGAGUCUUGACGAAGCUGCUGUGGAGGUCAGGCUGGACCAGGUGAAUCGCUUGGAAGGGAGAUUCGACAUUGCACAACCUCAUGUGGAGGACGACGACGACGUCGAAGAGAUACUCGCAAGAUUUACGACACAUUACAUGGAGGCAAAGAUUAAGUUGACCAGACAGUUGCAUACUUCUCGUAACGUAGAGGCACAUCAUUCAACCACGCGGCCAACUGCUGAUGGGCCGCCAUCAUUUGUUUUUGCUCCUCCCAAGCAACGCUUACCUACGCUGCAAAUCCCCAAAUUCAGCGGCAGUUAUGCAGAUUGGCCCGACUUCUUUUCUAUGUUCAAGACAGUGGUCCACCAGGAUGCUGACCUAACCAGAAUUGAGAAGUUUCAGCACCUUCGCUCCAGCCUGCGUGAUGCUGCUUUAGACACUAUACGGUCCCUAGAAAUUUGUGACCAAAAUUACGAUAAGGCGCUUGAGUUGCUAAAAAAUCGUUUUGAUAAUAAACGUCUAAAUUUUCAGACUCAUGUGAGAACCAUUUUUCAGCUGGAUAACAUCGUUGCCGGUUCAGUGGCAAGCUUGCGUGGGCUGAGUGACAAGCUAAACGCACAUCUACGAGUAUUGGCAACUUUGGGAACUAAGAAUCAAAUUGCGGAUGGG